GUUGAGCAUCGGCCACCAUGAAGUACAGAAGUCCUUAAUGCCAAACGACCUGGUUGGUGGCGUGAUUUAUAUUUCGUACGUUUGUCAGUAUUCAUCCGCUGGUAUUUUAUGACUAUUUUUCCGUUUGGACUAUUGGAAGUGUAAUUGAAAGGAAUGCGGUAAUAAUAAUAAUAAUGAAUACAUAUAUAGUAAAUUUUGUAUAGAAAAGUCACCGAGACACGCCAAUGGCUAAAUUUUCUCAAAGCACCAGUGUUUUACUGAUGGUAAUAUUUGAGACUUGCUGUGGGAAAUUUCUUGGUGGAACAGUGUCGUGGCUGGUGGUAUCAAGAGACAGACUUAGACUAACGUAUCGCUUUUCCUGGGAAAAAGGAUCGGGUCCUUGUGGGCCAAGCUGUAAUCCGACAGAUGUUGGUAGACAAGGAUCUGUGGCCAAUCCAAAGUUUUCAGCACUGAAAUGGGUCUCCCGGAUUGGAAAUACGACUAACCAAAUAAAUGACGUAAAUUAUGUCAUGACGUCAAUAAGCACACGAAGAAGCACAACUGGUUGGGAGCAGGGAGAAGGCGCUGUUUUUAUUAAAGGCCCAUUUAAACAGCCCUUUAUAGUUUCGUUGUCGAAUAUACCAUGGAUAGUUUCUUCUGACCAUACCAACAUUACUCAUUUUGGAUACAUGGAAACUUAUGUUGAUACAGCCAUAAGAAACGAUACUGGGCUACCCAAUGGAAGCCCGUAUACUUCUUUACCUUCAUAUAUAGGCAUACCAUUUGAAUGCGAGAGUAAAGUGAAACUUCCAGUUGAAGAUCCGGAAAUAGACAAUGUAAGAUGUCGACAGACGAGAGCGUCCGAAUGUGGCGGAUCAUGUACAAAUGUUCCAAAUGGUACUUUAUGGCUAGAUAGUAUAUCAUGUACAUUUACCAUCAAAGCCUAUCAGGUUGCCGGAUACAAGAAAAAAUCUAUAUAUAGACUGACUUUGGUAGCAGAAGACUUUCCCGAAACCACUGUCUCUAUGGGAACAAACAUGUUCACGAGAAGGGAUAGUUUAAGCAAGAUUCCUAUCCAGGUCACUCUUCGUGUAAUCGACGGACCAUGCAAUAAGAUAGAUCGCAAAUUAGAGUUUGUAAGACCAACUUUACCCAAUUUUUCAAGAUCAUCAUUCAGAAUGGCUGAGAUAAUCCGCCAUCUUCCGGUGGCUACUGGAUUUUACCUGCACACUGACGGUGCUUACAAUAUAAGUGAGGCUGAGAUAAUUAUGAGUGGAGCUAUGUAUUUCAACUACUCUUAUUUUCCGGAUGACCAGAGGGUGACCCUGAACAGGUCAAAUGUUGUCAGAGUGGGUGUCAACUGGCGGCCUCAUAUUCCAGAUCAAAUCGGCUCUCAGCAGUACUGUGUUUGGGGUGUGGACAUGUUUGGGAUUACGACGGACCCGAGAUGUGUAACAAGUCUAGUUGGAGAUGACGACGAUCACUGUGCAGCGGGAACGGUGUCAUGUGAGAAUAAUGGCAAGUGUAUAAACAUAUUCAAAGUUCCAGAGGAGAAAUGUAAAUGUACACCGGGAUAUAAGUCUAAAAAUUGCUCACAAGUGGUGCGAUGCGUUGACAAGCCCUGCGAAAACAAUGGAACAUGUACAGACGAGCCAAAUGGAUUUAAGUGUGAUUGUAAAUCAGACUAUACGGGUAUUAUGUGUGAAUCAAAAGUGCAACCCUGUGGUUCAAGUCCAUGCCGCAACGGAGGUAUUUGUUUGGAUAUGCAAAAUGCAUUUAUGUGUCUCUGUGUUUCGACGUAUGCUGGGGAAAUGUGUGAACACUUUCAACAUAAACUAUCAGAGAACGCAGCAGACGACACAUUUCUGUCGUGGAUUUUACCAAUAGCUAUUGCAAGUGCUGCCGCUGUGGCGUUGGUUACUGGUAGUUGCCUUUUUCUAACAGGCGUUUACAAAAAAACUCCAAAGAAUAAAACACAAGUGAAACCGAAUGACCCCGAAGUUAGCCGGGUAUCUAUGUCCGAAAUUACUCCAGUUGAAGAGUUGUAA